AUGUCCACGGGAACCGUUCUGGCCAAGACUUCUCGAGCAUGGCAUGCCGUCGAUGUGGGCGUCAACAUGGCCGCCAAACUUAAAACCAACGCAGCGGGCCUUGUUGGCUGCCUUAUUAUCGGUGUGGAGGAACCGGCAGCACGGGCGGCCUCUACCGAUGAUGCUGGGCUCGCAUGGUACAUCGACAACAUCGCCUCCUGUCAGGCCAGCCACAUUAUCUCAUCCACCGUUGAAAAGUUCACAACCUGGAACGGCUUGACCAAUCACAGGCCAGUCUUCAUCCGUCGCGAUCUCAACCGUUCCGUCUCAGCUUCGUCGGCCGGCAACGACGUUUCGAUCGAACCCUUUCACGCCUGGGCUCAGCCUCGAUACAUCGAGCGGCGCAAGCAAGCCGUGGCAGUCUGGUACAGCCUUUUGAACUUCCUGAUCUUCAACUGGACGGGCUAUGGCGGCGAAGAAGGCGGAUUGCACCAACUUGGCCUCAGUCCUAGCCGUACUUGCAGCGAAAGGAUCGAUGAUCUACGACUCUAUGUGACGCUACAAGAGAGGCUUGCACCACCGCGCAAGGUCUUUGCUGGGAUUGCACGCAAUUUCUUUUCCAGCAUACUCGAAGAUCCGAACCCAACGCCUCGCUCAAACCCAUUGCUGUGGUGGAUGGCUGUACUCAUCCAUUCCGAGGUCCACGGGCAACACACUCUUCUGCCAGCCUUUGGUGUGGAGGAUACGCUCGACUUCUCGGCUAAGCUCGAAGCAUUGGAUCAUUACGCUCGGGUUCUCACACUGCAGGCCACGUUCGUCCGCUGGAGGGAUCCGCUCGGGCAUCUUUAG